CGUCAAUCAGGGCGACGGAAGCUGAAGACACGCUGUUGGAUUGCGUUGUGCUGUACACUAGACGGGAGGCGAUUGUCAAGGUUUAUAAACAAUCCCAUCACCGAGAGAUAAAGGAGAAAGAAAAAGCUGCUGUUUAAUGUUUUUAGAUGGAUAUAAAAAAGGAGCCAUGUGAGGCUGGCAUAAAUAUCAUGGAGAAGAAGACCAUAAAUGUUAAGGUGGAGGACUGUGAAUGGGAGUGUGUCCACCCUAAACGGGAGAGUCUGUGCAUUAAGGAUGAGGACUGCGAACUGGGGUCAGUGGGCUUUAAAGAAGAGGCAGAAGAUAAGUCUGUCAACAGUGCAACUGCUUUCAAGGAAGAAGACCUUCAUUAUGGACAUCAAGAUGAUGCAGUGGCCACAUUAACUUCUUGUCAAAGCAGAUACACUUCUUCCUUGGAGUCUUCUAUCAAUAUGAAGUCUGAAUCAUUACAGUCUGACACAGUGGAGAAUGAAGAAAAUUCAUCUCUUAGAACUCGGAAAGAUCAGCCGCUGCUUACAAAGAAGUCUAGAAAAACAGCUGGUUCAGUGAGCAGAGGGUCACAUGUGACUACUCCGGAGCAUUCUAAGGGAGGACGGUUGACCAAAAGAAGUAAAAGAGAAGGAGACAAACCUCACUGCUGUCCUGAAUGUGGCAAACAAUUAUCAAACAAGAGUUCCCUUUCAAGGCACAAAAAAAUUCACACGGGAGAGAAGCCUUUUUGCUGUUCUGAAUGUGGCAAGUGGUUUUCAGAAAAGAGCAGUCUUCAGGGCCACCAAAUAAUUCACACGGGUGAGAGGCUUCAUUGCUGUCCUGACUGUGGCAAAUCGUUUUCACAAAAGAAGAAUCUUCAGAGCCACCAACGAAUUCACACAGGAGAGAAGCCUUAUUCUUGUGCUGAAUGUGGCAAGCAGUUUUCGCAAAAGACGAAUCUUCUUCAGCACCAAAGAAUUCACACAGGAGAAAAGCCUUAUUGCUGUCCUGAAUGUGGCAAGUGGUUUUCAGAAAAGAUACUGCUGCAAAGACACCGAACAAUUCACACGGGAGAAAAGCCUUAUUGCUGUCCCGAAUGUGGGAAGUGUUUUUCGCAAAAGAAGAAUCUUCAGAGCCACCAACGAAUUCACACAGGAGAGAAGCCAUAUUGUUGUUUGGAAUGUGGCAAGAGUUUUUUAUUAAAGAGCUAUCUAAAGAGCCACCAAGGAAUUCACACAGGAAAAAAGCCUUAUUGCUGUUCUGAAUGUGGUAAGCAGUUUUCGCAAAAGAGGAAUCUGCAGAGCCACCAAAGAAUUCACACAGGAGAGAAACUUCACUGCUGUUCCGAAUGUGGCAGACAACUAUCCAGCAAGACUUCCCUUUUAAGGCACAAAAAAAUUCACACAAGAGAGAAGCCUUUUUGCUGUCCUGAAUGUGGCAAGUGGUUUUCUGAAAAGAGCAGUCUUCAGGGCCACCAAAUAAUUCACACAGGAGAGAAGCCUUAUUGCUGUCCAGAAUGCGGCAAAUGGUUUUCGCAAAACAAGAAUCUUCAGAGCCACCGAAGAAUUCACACGGGAAUAAAGCCUCAUUGCUGUCCCGAGUGUGGCAAGCAUUUUACAGGAAAGAGGAAUCUUCAGAGCCACCAAACAAUUCACACAGGAGAGAAACCUUAUUGCUGUUCUGAGUGUGGCAAGCAGUUUUCGUAUAAGAACAAUCUUCAGAUCCACCAAAGAAUUCACACAGGAGUAAAGCCUUAUUGCUGUUGUGAAUGUGGCAAACAUUUCACAGUGAAGCGCUAUCUUCAUAGCCACCAAAGCGUUCACACGGGAGAAAAGCCUUAUAGCUGUUCUGAAUGUGGUAAGCGGUUUUCAAAAAAGAGCGAUCUUCUGAGACACCAAAGAACUCACACAAGAGAGAACCCGUAUUCUUGUUAUGUAUGUGGCAAGAAGUUUUCACAAAAGAGUAAUUUUAAGAAGCACCAAAGAAUUCACACAGGAGAGAGACAGCAGCUUGUGAAUUAGAUUUUUCGGGCAUCAAUUCAAUGAACUUGAAUGACCGAUGUGUGCCUCUUCUGCCAAACAGAGCUAGAAGCAUUCACACAUCUCAUAGCUGGGUGCGAGGUACUGAUGGCUGAAGAAUUAUGAACUGAAAGACAGAACAAAGUGGUCGGGCCAAUUCACUGGAAACUCCUUAAGAAAUGCCACCUACCAGCAAAAGAAAAACCAUGGGGCCACAAUCCAGACCGCAUAAUGGAAAAGGGAGUUGUUAGUCACUUGGGACACACCAUAGAAAAACAGAUGCCAGAAAACCAGAGAUUAGAUUAGAUAAACUUCAUUAAUCUGAAGGGGAAAUUCAGAUGCUUACAGCAGCAGAAACAUAAAAAAAAACAAGGAUACAGACUCACAGGACAAAUAAUGCAGCCAACCAAUCAUUCAGUUCAUAAAUAAAUGAAAGGAAAUAAAUGUUUAUUGUGCAGAUAUUUCAACAUGAACUUAAGUAUAUCAGGAGGAAGUUCUCAAUUGCCUUAUAGCAGUGGGCAUAAUAAAGAGAGACGCUUCUUAGCACUCUGUGGUGGAAUGUGCUCCUGGAGGGGAUUUUUCAUGAUGGCAUCCAAUUUUUCCAUCAACCUCUUUUUCCACAACAGCUUCCAGUGUGUCCAGGGUUUGUCCUGUGAUGGAGCAGGCUUUCCUGGUAAGUUUAUUCAGUUAUUGUGAACCUUUUGAGCUUAAAUUUCUUUUCAAGGAAGCUGCAGCGUAGAACAAUGGUUGUCAAGGAGAAACAGAAGUACUCGUUCCUAGUGACUACUCAGUUCUGAGAAUGGAGAGGCAAUAAAAAAAAGUAAACCAGUAUGAAGGAAUGUAUUCAGAGAGAUCCCAAAUGUGGGACAAAAAAGGACAUUGUUUUGCUGAGAUAAACAGGACUAAUACACAGAAACUUUCAGACCAACCUUGACAUCUUACCAAACACCAUAACUCCAUAUACAUUACAGAAAUACAGGUGUGGUGCUGAGCCCUCACUGAAGUGCACAUUGACAUCCCUGACUAAAGUGUGGGGUUCAUUUCUCUUUUGAUAGUAAGCACACCCAGAAAAUUUGGAGAAAUUAACCCAGAGAGAAGCCUUAGUGCUUCUUAGAAUAAAGAUCAAUCUUCAGAGCCAUGAAAGAACUCACAAUUGCUACACCACAAAGGAAGAGACAGGACCACGCCAGUGUACAAGGCGCAGUCCAGUGAUCAACUGAAGAUAAAGAGGAGACCAUGUACUGCAACUUUUACACAACUGGUCCUGAGUUCUCAACUCUCAUCCUGGGAGAGCUUGUGCAAAUUGCAAUACCGAAAUGUAAUUUCCAUUUCCAAAUUAGAUAAGAAGGUUUUUGGAAAUUUAGGAUAUUUAAGUGGAAUACCCAAGGAAGGAAAACAAAUUAGUGAAGAGAAAUUAGAAUACUUAAGAUGAAUAGCAAAAGAAGAAAUAACACAGGAAAGAAAACCAGCAUUUAUACACCAACUUAAAAGUAUAGGCAGUGAAAGUACAUGUAAAGAUGAAAUUUACAUGUUGGAAAAUCAGAAAUAAACAGAGCCAACCAGAGAAAUAUUAGUCAGAAGUGGAAUGUCCUUGAAAGCAACCGAUUCUCAAACAGUGAAAUGCAAACAGUAAAGUGAGACAUAAAGCAAGGGAUCUCAGUACAGCAAAGUGAAAGUAAGAAAGUUUACAUUUAGCAGAAAUUGCCCAAUAGUCACAAGAAGAUCACCCCAAUGAUUCAAGGAGAUAAAAAAAAAAACUUUUUUCAGAUCGAGAAAAGGAGUAAACCAACACAAGAGAACACCAAACCAAAGCAGACAUGACACAUUCAUGAAAAGCACAAAGUCACCCAAGAAAUUCAAGAAGAGAUCUAGGAAAGUAAUCAAUGAACAGAUAAGCAGAAAUCAAUAAAAAGAGAGAAGAGAUCAACAAUAACAAUAAACAGUACUGGAUGGAAUACUACAAGUAAGGUGGAAAAGGCCGUAACUGAGAGAAAGCAAAGCCAGCAGUGUACAGACUGAUGGACUUGACAAUCAUACAUGGGAUUUGCUAGUGUGCAGUAAAACUCAUCAUCUAAAGUAACAGCACAGAAGAAAAUCAAAGCAAGGAGACAUCAACAAAGUUGGGCUCAUCCUGAAUGGAAUGAAUUGUAGAACAGAAUUAAAGAUUCAAAGCAUGUAUGGAAUGGGUGAGAUCACAAAGUCCUAGCAACAAUUCAACAGGUGAAAUGAGAUAAUUUAAUAUUAAAACAAAACUUAACAUGGGAAACAAUAAACUGAAAAUGCUGCCAGCUGCUAAAAAUUAGGAUAUAAACAAACACACACACACUCAAAAAGAACAGACUACUGCAAGAGAAUCUGAAAAAGUUUGAAAGAAUGUAAUGUGGGGGCACCCUGAAAGUAAAUUCACCUACCACCUGACAUAAAAGUCACAAACAUUUUGGAGAGAAAUACAUGAAGAUG